CAAUGCACGCAUGCAGAAUAAGCUCCAUCUUUCAAACAUUUGCCCACCCCCUUAUUCAAGCUUGGCCGAUGUCAAAGGUUUGGCCUUAGGGAUUGUACAUUACUUUCAAUAGAAAUAAUAAUAUUUGAUGCAUGUCUGGGCCAGACUGAAGACAGAAAACCGACAAACUGGCGAGGAGAACAAGCAGACCAAGAGACUGAAUACAAGCCAAAACCAGAAGCAGACCGUCUACCUCCACCUGCACCGGCCAUUAUCAACUUUAUGAUUGAGAUAAGCAGGAUAAACCCAAUCAUGAAGUGGCCGAUUGUUGCAAGUCUGGCCCUACUUCUAGUCGGCCAAGUUAGCGCUCAGGAAAUGCCCUACGAGGACCUGUUGGCCCAGCUCCAAGCAUGUCCAAAAGAGUGCCGCUGCUCCCCAAACGUCCCUAACGCUGUUUACUGUGACAACAAGAGUCUGAAAUACAUCCCCAUCAUCCCUCCCUACACCUGGUAUCUGUAUCUCCAGAACAACCUGAUCGAAGGACUCUCAUCCGAGGCUCUGAGCAACGCCACACAGCUGAGGUGGAUCAACCUCAGUCGCAACAAAAUCACAACCGUGGAGCCUGACGCUCUCAAGAAUUUACCCAACCUUGUACACCUCUACAUGGAGGACAAUCUGUUGAGUACCAUUCCAUCUCCUCUGCCCGGCAGCCUGGAACAGCUACGUCUUUCCCGGAACAAAAUCUCAAAGAUCCCACCCGGAGUCUUCUCGGGGAUGGACCAUCUCACCUUGCUGGAUCUGCAAAGCAACAAGCUGCAGGAUGACACGGUGACUGAGGUCAACCUGAAAGGUCUUAGCAACCUAAUCCAGAUUAAUUUAGCGAAGAAUCAGUUGAACAGCAUGCCCCUCGGCCUACCACCAACAACCAGCCAGAUCUUCCUGGAUAGCAAUAACAUUGAAAAGAUUCCUGCUGAGUACUUCAAGGGUCUUCCAAAGGUGUCAUCUCUCAGGCUUAAUCGUAAUAAGCUGGCUAAUGUGGGCAUCCCAAAAAAUGUCUUUAACCUUUCUAGCAUAUUGGAUCUACAGCUCUCUUACAACCAGCUCACUGAGAUGCCUGUCAUCUCCCCUGGCUUGGAGCACCUGCAUCUGGAUCACAACAGGAUCAAAAGUGUAAAUGGCUCUGACGUUUGUCCACCUGGUGCACUUGAAGACUACUACAAUGACAACGCCCCCCGUCUGCGCUACCUUCGCCUUGAUGGGAACGAAAUCAAGCCUCCCAUUCCACGAGAUCUGAUGAUGUGUUUCCGUCUCCUCAGGGCGGUUGUCAUAUAAAGGCGUGACACAGGACACCUGUGAGACACUUCUGUCCAUAACAUCUACCAGAACUUAAUGGGAAAAGAAAUAAUGGUGUUACAAAAAAUGGUCUUAAGAAAUUAAAUUCUGUUAGUUACCUGCUAAAGACACUAAUUUAAUGUAUUUUCAGCCGGGACCGUUUAUGGUAGUAAAUGCUAUUUCGGUGGUGGGCUAGCUAGCGGACUAGCAUAGACACCUGUUUUGGUAUACCUUCUUUUGGUAUGUCUUUUUAGCAGGCCCUGCUGAAAAAACAGGAUAGACCAGCAUAAUUCCCAUUCUGGUCCAUGCUGGUUUGGUGCUGGUUUAGCUGGUGGUCACCAGCACCAAAACACAACAUAUGCUUGUUUUGCUGGUAUGACCAGCAUGGAAUGCUGGUGCUGAUGCUGGUAUGCUGAUGACCACCAACUAAACCAACACCAAACCAGCAUGGUAAUUAUGCUGGUCUAUGCUGGUGGUCAGUAGCAAGCCAGCACCAAACCAGCAUGGGAAUUAUGCUGGUCUAUGCUGGGGGUCACUAGCAAUCCAGCACUAAAACACAACAUAAGCUGGUCUGCUGGUAUGCUGUUUUUUUCAGCGGGGGGCUAGAGAUUCAGACUGGUGUAUAUAAUGGUGGCUGUAUUGUAAAACCACAGUGCCUUCAUUUAUUUUAUACAUAUGAAAAACUAGCAAGUCUGCUACAUGGGAAACCAUAACUGUUAAAUGUUCUGUAUGUUCCAGCAAAUAUAUAACUAAUGUAAUUUCCCUAUCCUGUGUAGACAUUCAGCAAAUACAGCAUUACCCCUAAAACAGUUUUACAGUCAUCGCACACUUCUGGGAUGUGUUUGGACAGUAGAGAUGUGAUCUGAUUAUGGAAACAGAUUUUUAUGUAGUGAACUCAUAGUCACAACAGCAGCAAUAGAUUUCAAAUGUCAUACGUUGUUAAACAAUUGACUUCCAUUUUUAAGCACAGAUUAACUAUUGUUAUUCUUUUAGAGAGAAGCAGCAGUUUUGGGACUGAAAGAUUUGAUAUCAAGAUAAUGUGAAUGUUUAAUCGUACAUAUAUUUUGUAUUGACCACUGUAGACCUACUAGCAACGAACAAUCAUUUUAAGAUUUCUUUUUCUUUUUUAGGGGUUAAAUAUUGAAAUUUUCUUUUCAAACGCACAAAUAUGAUAACCUUUGUUUUUUAUUUUAUUCCGCAAUCUUCCUUGUGCAAACAGAUAUGCAACGAUUAAUGUCAGGAUGAAAUUCACUUCUGUUUGAUGUUUUUGAUUAAAACGUUUUUA